AUGUUAAGUAGGAUAUUUGGAAUCAAUCAAAUUGAUAGUAAAGAUCAUGAUAUAAAUGAUGAUGGGACAAUAGAAGAUGAAUUUAACAAGCAGUUAAGAGAUAAGAUUCAUAAUAAUCUAAUGAGAAGAAGAUUUAGCUCCGAAAGUGAAUACUUUUCCAUUGAUGACCAAACCUCAAUGUUAUCAGGUAGACCGUCAUCAUCAGGAAAUAUGUCAACUAAAUCAAUGAUUAGUGAAAGGAAUGAAAGAAUAAACAAGUACCUUGAAGAUCAAAACACUAAAUUCAAUAAAUUAAUUGAAAAAAAUCUAAAUUAUGUUAGUCAUACUAAUUUGAAAGAUAUCUAUAAAUUUGAUAACUUGAAUGAUGAAAAGAUUGAUGAAUUUUUAUCCAAGAUCGAUAAUGAAAGUAAAUAUAAAAUUUAUAGCAAAUUAGAGAAGGAGUAUAAGACCAACAAUUUCGAAAAUUUGACAGUAUUAUCAAAAAUCGAAAUAUUAAUAAUUUUGAUUAUCAAAAUUGAUUUCUUGAUAUUAAAAUAUUCAUUACCCAUACUGAAGGUGUUUUAUAGAAAAUUCAUUUCCAAUCAAAUGAUUCUAGUCAAUAACAAUAAUUUUAAUAAGUUAUUAACCAUAAUGAUAAAUUUCAUCAAUAAUUUUGAAAACUUCGAUUUUAAAGAAGAUGAAAAAUUCGAAGAUAUUAAUGAUAAUAAUGAAAAGAAAUGGGUUAAACCAUCAAUUUGGAAUAUAGUGCAAAAUUACUAUAGUUUGAAUUCAGUACUUAAUGCAGCUGAAGAAUUUGUAAAUCAAAUUCAAUAA